GUGUCAAGCACCGUGAAUAAAUUAAAAAAAUGUUUAAUGUGUCAAGCAUUGAAAAAUUAUUUUAAUACCAAUCAUGGAUAACAAUAUGUUUAGUAUGUCUACCAUGGAGGCUUCUUCUCAAAUAAUGACAGAAAGUUUAAAUACGGUUACAGCAGGGACAAAUGAAUCUCUCGUAACCAACGCUAUUCCAGCCUAUCUGGUUUUUGUCUUCGGAGUCGGAGGAAAUGUUGUUGCCCUGGUAGUAUUACUUGUGACUGCCAAAACUCACAAAUGGAAGCCAUUUUACAGAUACGUCUGUGGACUUGCGAUCACGGAUGGAGGAGGACUACUUAUAUCGGUUCCCGUGUCUCUCUCCAUGUACGCCUCCGAGCUACAGAGAGAGUUGUCUCCAGUUCUGUGUAACUUUCAGAUGUUUUGGUACAUGUUUACUCUGAUGUCGUCCGCCAUGAUAGUUUGCGGCAUGUCAUUCGACAGAUUCUUUGCCACAUAUUAUCCAUUUCACUACAACAAACCACACAAAAAAAUCCGAACAAACAUAGUUGUUUUAGUGAUUUGGGUAACUUCUGCUCUUAUCAGCAGUUUACCUUUUUUCGGCCUUGGUUCCAGUCGUAAAUUCUAUCCCGGCACAUGGUGUUUUCUGAAUUUUAUUGAAACAUCCAUAGAAGGCAACAGAAUUAACUCCAUUAUUUACGCUGCUAUCGGUAUCAUAAUUGUCCUGGCUACCUGGACCUUCAAUAUCGCAGUCAUUGUCUUCUUUAUCUACAAAAGAUACAAGAACGAGUCCACGUGGAGCGGAUGGAAGGAUGUGCAUGUCAUUAUUUUUCUGAUGACAGUGGUGGUUCUGUUUACUUCAUGUUGGUUUCCUUUGAUGGUCAAUAUUCUGGAACAUGCCUCGUUCGCUCUCACGGAAACCGCGGGUAAGACAGAGCUUUUGCUGACCAGACUGAGUAUAACUAACUCUAUAGUGGACCCCUGGCUGUACCUCAUCUUCCGGAGGGAGAAUUACUCUGUACUCGUGACCUGUGUCAGACGUCUGUCCGGCAAAGAGAGGGCUAGCGACUCAGAGGGGGUUCCGAAUGCUGAAACAGUUAUAUCUCUUGACACUCGGAACAAAACAGAUAGCGCAUCGAAAGAUUCAACUGAUUGUUGUAAUACUUAUUAACCAGGCUUCUUUUGAUGACAAUGGGACAGAAAAUACAAUGAAAAAUAAUCUGUUAUGUAUAAAAUACAUGUUAUGAAUUUACAGUUAGCAAAAAUUUAAAUCUAAAAUGGCUAUUAUUAUACAUUUUUCACAAAUGCACGGGAUUUUAAAGUUUCUUUUUGAUUUUUUUUCUCCCUUGAUAAAAACUGCUGAAUAUUCAGUUUUAUCUUAGCAGAUGUUUGAUUAAAUAGUAAAGCUUUUAACAUAAAUUAUUUCUAAUUGAUAAACAAAUGAGUAGUUCUUACGUUGUAUAUAUUUUUUAUAAAUGGCCAAUAAAACCUCUUAAAACUUGA